GCCAGACUCCAAACUUGGAGAGGGAGGAUGCUUGGGGCGGUGCGGAGAGCGGGGCCACACUGAGUGCUCCCCAAGGUCCCGCUGGACGAGCGCGCCUAGACUGAGCCGGCAGGUAGCGGUUCCAGCGCCUGGAUCGCGCCCGCCGAGAAGGCCGCCGGUGCCCCGGUGCCAGCGCCUCCGCCACCGCCGCCUCGACACCCAACCGAGCCAUGGAGCUCGGAGCGCGCACGCCGCGCGCGGGACUCUGAGCUCCGGCCCCGCCGUACCCCGAGACUUGACUUCACUCCACCCGGCUUCCCCCAGCGUCUCCCACCCUCGCCGGCCGGGAGCUCCGCGCCAGCCGAUCCUGCAGCCCCGGAGGCGCCGCCGAGCGCCGCGCUCCGCCCGCCCGCUGAAGCUCAGACCCCUCUUCUCGCAGUGACUGCACCCCGGCACUCCGGGAUGGCGCCCUGGGGGUCCCUCCGGUCACGCAAAGUUCGCAGGAGGCGAGAGAUGCUGCCGCAGCAAGUGGGCUUCGUGUGCGCCCUGCUGGCCCUGAUGUGCUGUGCGUCUGGCCUUUUGGGGAGCUUGGGUCACAAAACAGCCUCUGCCAGCAAGCAUGCUCUACCAGAUAUGUGGCGAAACCGAAAAUUGAUGGCAUCAGUGAAUGGGUCUCAGCCAGCCAAGAACUGUACAGAUCCUGCCAUUCACGAGUUCCCCACGGACCUGUUCUCCAACAGGGAGCGCCAGCAUGGAGCCGUCCUCCUGCACAUCCUUGGGGCCCUGUACAUGUUCUAUGCCUUGGCUAUCGUGUGCGAUGACUUCUUCGUUCCAUCUCUUGAGAAGAUCUGUGAGAAACUCCACCUGAGUGAAGAUGUGGCUGGAGCCACCUUCAUGGCCGCUGGCAGCUCUACCCCAGAGCUGUUUGCCUCCAUCAUUGGUGUGUUCAUCACUCACGGGGAUGUGGGGGUCGGCACCAUUGUGGGCUCCGCUGUCUUCAACAUUCUGUGCAUCAUUGGAGUCUGCGGGCUGUUCGCUGGUCAGGUGGUGCGCCUGACGUGGUGGGCCGUGUGCCGGGACUCUGUGUACUACACACUCUCCGUCAUUGUGCUCAUCGCUUUCAUAUACGAUGAAGAAAUUGUGUGGUGGGAAGGCCUGGUGCUCAUCAUCCUCUACGUGUUUUAUAUCCUCAUCAUGAAGUACAAUGUGAAAAUGCAGGCCUUCUUCACCAUCAAGCAGAAGGCCGUGGCCAAUGGCAGUACAGCCAAUGAGCUGGAGGACGGUAAUGACCACUGCUGCUCUGAUGACCCCUCCAUGCCAUUGCUGGGGUCAGUGAAGGAGGAGCCACAAUAUGGCAAGAACCAGGUGGUGAUGGUGGACGAGGUGAUGAGCUCUAGCCCGCCCAAGUUCAGCUUCCCUGAGGCCGGCCUUCGCAUCAUGAUCACCAAUAAGUUUGGGCCCAGGACACGGCUGCGGAUGGCCAGCAGGAUCAUCAUCAAUGAGCGGCAGAGGCUCAUCAACUCGGCCAAUGGUGUGGGCAGCAAACCGCUCCAAAAUGGGAGACAUGAGAACAUGGAGAAUGGGAACGUGCCCCAGGAAAAUGCAGACGACCCCCCGCGGGAGCAGGAGCCGCCACCUGCACCCCAGCCAGCGCCCGCAGAGCCAGAGCCUGGAGAAGUAGCCUUCUUGUCGCCCUUCUCCAUGCCAGAGUCACCAGGGGACAAAGCCAAGUGGGUAUUCACCUGGCCCCUCAUCUUCCUGCUAUGCAUCACCAUCCCCAACUGCAGCAAGCCCCGCUGGGAGAAGUUCUUCAUGGUCACCUUUGUCACCGCCACGCUCUGGAUCGCUGUCUUCUCCUACCUGAUGGUGUGGCUGGUGACUGUCAUCGGCUACACACUGGGCAUCCCCGAUGUGAUCAUGGGGAUCACCUUCCUGGCGGCAGGCACCAGUGUUCCCGACUGCAUGGCCAGUCUCAUUGUGGCCAGACAAGGCCUCGGUGACAUGGCAGUCUCCAACACCAUCGGAAGCAACGUGUUUGACAUCCUUGUGGGACUCGGCAUACCAUGGGGGCUGCAGACCAUGGUCAUUAACUACGGGUCCACAGUGAAGAUCAACAGCCGGGGACUGGUCUACUCCGUGGUCCUGCUGUUGGGCUCCGUGGCACUCACGGUCCUGGGAAUUCAUGUGAACAAAUGGAGGCUGGACCGGAAGCUGGGCGUCUAUGUGCUGGUCCUCUAUGCCAUCUUCCUGUGCUUCUCCAUCAUGAUCGAGUUCAACGUCUUCACCUUCGUCAACUUGCCCAUGUGCCAAGAAGACGACUAAAGCUGAGCCACUGCUCCGGGACCUGGCUGGACACCGGUGCCCGUGGCCUCUCUCCUCCCCUCCACGCAUAUCACCACCUGCGUGCAGCCAACCUCUUCCUUGGGCUGGAAGGAAGAGUGCCCGGUCCUUGAUCCUAGGUCAGGCUGCUGGGCAGUUUCCGUGUUCUGGGAGUCCAUUCCCCACCCCAGGCAAGAUGUGGGGGCCUAUGUGCAUCUCCGGUCUGGAGUUGUCUCUUGCUCUCUUGGACCCUUUUUCUCAAAGGGCUUGGACGAGCAAUAUUUCUGUCUCUUGUGUGGCAGCCUUGGGAAUGGGGCUGUUGGCGAAUUCAGGGGGGCUGAUCUCCUAGGAGACCCUGAUUCAUAGGGGCUGCUCCUCUGGUCACAGGCAGUGGCAGAGCCCCCUCCUUUGCAAAAGGCAAGACCUCAUCCUGGGAGUUUGGGGGUGAUUUAUGACCACAGACAUUCCAUCCCCUUUUCUGGAAAAAAUAACCAAAUGACAAAGAUAGAAGUGGACAUGAGUGACAAUGCCAGUCACGCUUAUUGUUGCAUUCAGAGAAUGAGUCACAUGUUCAAGUCACAUGCUCCAAGUUCACUAGUAUGGAAAUAGUCAUACUUGAAACAUACCAUUCCAUAUGGGAGGCCCAUGAUGGAAACCUUGGUGGUCAUGGUUCUGCAAGAUGAAGCGACAUGCACCAAGUGGCAUUUGGUGAGGAGGAGGAUGGUGCUAACCAGAGAUUUGGAGCAGCCACCUGCAGCCAUUCGACUGUUCAAGACAUCUCUAAGCAGGCUGUGACUAUCAGCUAAGGAUUGUCUUUUCUUUGUUAAUGCUUUAGUCUCCCAACCUCCUGAUGAAAGAUCCAAUUAUUUAUAUCCCUGACAAAUGUCACAGCCUGCUGGGCCAAGAGGAUAUCCAGAGUAAGUACUAGUACAUGACAAGUGGACAGACAUCUUGAAAUUCUGCACACUUGUUCUGGGCUUGGCCAGAGUCACUUAGGACAAACCAUCACAUGGAAUCUUUCGAGCGAAGUUUUUUGAACCUUCGAGCUGACCGCACCUGGAAAGCCAGGUAGAGGAGGCAGAUGCAAAAGUAGCUAGAGAACUAUUCAAUUCUUUUCAACUGCUUCACAGCUCUCAACUAUACAGAUAUAAAUAUACAUAUAUAU